UUUUAUGAAGUGGAAUAGUCUUCAAACUAGUAUUACAUAUAGGCGCAUGAUCUGAUGUCCAACUUCCAAGCGAUACAGUUUGGCCUUAGUAGUAACUAACUUUCGGGUUCUGUAUGAUGAGGAUGCUCCCAACCGUGCAGUCAUUGUUGCUGUGAAACUCUAGCUCUUCAGAGAGCGAAUCCCGAUAAUCAGGAUAUGGCCACAGAAACAACAUGCAAUGGCGAUCGAAGCAAACCCAGCACCACAAAUAGUGUCAGCUCGGGCGAAGACGACGGUAACGGAGACAUAGUAUGGGCACUGCACGAAAACGGUUGCGUAUUCUGCCGGCCAGUGUCGACCAUGGGCUUCGCGCAGCGUGCCCAGUGGAUGAGAACGACCGCUGAGAUGGAGACGCGUCACGUGGUGGCCGACAGCAGCGGAACGACGUGGGCGCUAUUUGUCGACGGGUCUCUGAACCGGCGUGUAGACAUCAGCACGGAGUGUCCAGAGGGCAGCGAAUGGCAGUUGGUAGAUUACAGAAUGGAUCUGAUCGACGUUAGCUUCGCGCCUGGUAGCGUGUGGGCGAUAAGCAAGACGCACGGCAUUUUAUUUCGACCCAGUAUGGACGAUGAUGAGAGCUGGGAGAACGUUGACGCACCUGACAAUGUGGACAGGUCUUCGCUGAGAACGCUGAGCGUUUCACGGAGUGGGGUGCCGUACCUGUUGACAACGUCCGGAGGUAUGUAUUGCCGGGUCGGCGUGACAACUGAGUGUCGUUAUGGCGAUGGUUGGAGUGAAAUCGAACGGCCGCCGGUCGUCAAUCAGGGCAUGUGGGGUCUACUCGGGUACACGGAGAAGCCACGGGCACUGGUAGCGGCGGACAAGUGCAUCUGGUGUGCCGUCGGCAGCAAGGGAAAAACAGAGCUCUGGCGCAGGCAGGUUGGUGAUGCGCCGUCGGCAUGGGAACAGACACGAGUGUCACGUCACGGAGUGGCUAGCGUAUCGUGCUCUCAGGUCGGAGUGCACGCCGGAGCGCUGUGGGCGGUGGACGACCGCGGCUGCCUGGCCUUCUGCCCGAAUGCUAGCGUGCGGGAGGCAGCCGCCUUGGAGUGGGUGGAUUUGGACUCAUCCGACGGCUGGAAGCAGGUAUCGCUACUCGCCAGCAAAGACUGGCUGCAGUUUGAGCAACGGCAGCAGCUUAACCAUUGCGUGGAGAGGGGAGAGUCGGACACUGAGGCGAUAGAACAAACAGGAUUGAAUGGCACCCAGCAGAAGAAGUCACCGCAGACGUCGAGACGAAAACGACAGCCAAGACGGCCGCCAGGCACAACGGAUUCUGACUUGGACAGCAUCACGAGCCCAGCGGCGUCCAGAAAACGCCGGCACUCGGACAGUGAUCGUGGCGGCAGUGUCGUGCACGGAUCUCAGAAAUACGUACGACGCUCGGGUGAUGUUACAGUCGGUCUGAAGCUGCCAAUCCCACCCGGUCCCGAGCUGAUGACCAAACUGCCAACCAACGACAAAGCGGACUUUAUGCGAGAGUUUGAAUACACAUUUGAGCUCGAGGCAAACAUCAUAGCAGCUCUUGAGGACAGUGCGCCUAGCUAAUGGAAAACUCAUCGCUUGUUGGAUCCCAGGUCAACUGCGGAUUUCACAGGACAAGACGGUAGCUUCAUCACCCACUGCCGGUUUGCUUUGACCACCACUAGCCACUACAGUGUACAUGCGGCUGAGGAACAUUGCUGCAUGCACACACUGAGUUGCAAAUUACUUGCAAAAGCGCUUGAUACCACGAGUAAGGAGCCAAAUGACACAAUUGUGCCACGGAACACGGCUAGUUUUGUUGUUACUACCGAUAAGAGUCCAUGGCUGUUCGGCCAGUCUUCGGACAACACACUUGCACUUUCAUGAGUGCAACAUCUUGGUUAAAUUACUGUGUGUACUUCAACACAAAGGCACACAAUGAAAACCUUGGCAAAUUUAUAAAUUUGCCAAGGUUUUCAUUGUGUGCCUUUGUGUACGCCGCUCUGCCUGAAUCAGGCAUUGAGCACUCUUGCAGAACCAAAGCAUAUUGCCUCUGUGUGUGUACUUCAAGUAGUUGUAAGUAACUGUUCAGCUCAUCAGGAUUCUCCAGAAUGGAUAUUGCAAAAUGGAGUCGCGAGUCGUGUCCCCGCAUCCUCAUUGUUACGUACUAUAUCGCAGAUCGAUUACUAUAUCUUCUUUAUUAUUUUGUUAUGUUGUCAGCCGAGCGCACACUUCCACCACUGCCGAGUUUCUUGACCGACCCAGAACGAGGGUCACGCUUGUCUAUUAUUACUUUGAAUAAAGUUGACAGUCUACGUGUGCAUGGCCAACCUUAUCAUCUCACACCUACACCAUGCCGCUGGAUCUACAAUGCUGGCAACUGAAAUCCGACCCCCUGGGCGGCGCGUUCACUUUCUAGCGGCCUCUAUUUCGGGUCUUUGCGAUGUGAGCGCACCGCUCAGGGGAUCGGAUUUCAGUUACCAGAACUGUAUGUUCUCUAUUACUGUAGAUACGAGAACGUGGAUAACCCAACUGUCAGCAUAGUACACCCCCUCCACACGCAAACACACACUCUUUGCUGCUGUGACCUCUGCCACAGACUGAAGAAUAUCUUUUGUCUUACGCCUUUUAAAACGGUACUACCCAAGAUGCUCAGCUGGAGUGUAUGUUUAUUUUUCCUUUUUUUAAAUUGCACAGUGGUUUGAAUUCUGCCGCAAUAUGAUUCUCACAGACAUACAAACCAUGG